AUGAAUUCGAAGUCUAUCUCUAGAGGUCGGAGCAGAAGCCAUGACCGUCGUAGUGCUGAUCGACAACCUAGCCGCCCGUAUAGUUCGGGGUGGAAAGAAAUGGAAUCCCAAGUCCCAAAGCUCUCGGAACCGGACCGGGAAUAUCUGCGAUCUCGGAUGAUGGACGACCGGACGUUGUUUCCAUCGAUCGACGAGUCCGACACACGGGCGGCAUUGUGGGAGCGACUGAAGCAGAUCGAUACCCCUAUUCCCACCCUAGGGACGUUCUUCCAGGACCUCCGUUUCUUAGGUGUUGCCAGCAAGGUGAUGAAGGCUCUUCUUCUUCCACCAGAGGACCUGGGCUCGAAGAAGGCCAAGAAGAUCACUAUCGACUGUGAACUCGGUACGCAGCAUCGGACCGAUGCCAGCGUGUCAUUGAGAGAGACAAGACUGCAAGUCCGGCGGGGAUUGCACGAGCUCUGGCGCUUCAGCUUCCAAUACGGGCUGGACAUGACCGAAGUGGCACGCCGUCAGCCGCAUAAGAAGAAAAAAGCGUGUAGCUCCUAUUCCGUCCCGAAUUGCUCGACGUCGAUAGACCGAAUGGCCUUGUGGCGCCACUUCUUCUGGCUGGCUGACCAACACGGAUUUCAGAUCCCGGCCAUAGCCGAGUUUGUGCCCAGACGAGCGUCCCUGCCAACUCCCCAAAUUCCGGAGGGCCUUGGCAGCACCCAACAGGAUGAUGCAGUGAAUCGACGUUGCGGUAUCCCAUAUGCUGAUACGGUCGAUGCGGAUCGCUUCGCCCUGGAAGGGGAUAGACUGUGGCAGCCCUGGGAGUCCCCACAGGUUUCCGCUGUGUUCUUCCGACGGUCGCAGUUCCAGACCUUCUUUCGUUACCUUUGGGAUGGGAGUAGGAUCAAUCAGCCUACAAACGCCGCGGAUGAAUCGGCAGCGAGCGAGGAAGCCGCGGCGGUAGAUCAGGAGAUCCCAGAUUGUGUUAUUGAGCAUCCAAUGCCCUUGCCGAGUCUCUCACAGCUGCCUGAAAGAAGCAGUUCAAUGGAUUGGUUCAUGGAAAUGUGGGAUUGCGGGUUGGGAAGGCUGGCAAUGCCCGCGGGCGAUCUGGACGUGGUUGUCACCAUCCCAAAUCAUGAACCAAGAAGACUUGCGCUGCCAAAUGACGAAUCUCUAAUCAACGAGAUUUUCCAUGGUUUGAAAAUGCGCAAGUUCAGCCUCCACAGUACAGAUAAGCGCAAUGUAACAGACGAGGAAAAUCUCCACAUCUGGCAUCUGAGGAACCCAGGCCAGAAUAUUCUGGCCAGUUUGACCGAAGAGAAUGUACAGGAUUAUACCACAUCCGACUGGAAUCGGCUUAAAAGGAGGAGGAAGGGGCUGUCUGAGGCCAUGAAUGACAUAGCUGCAUGGGUAGACGAGCAAAUUUUCAGACUAUCCCUUCAUGCUCAAAAACGCAGUUGGAAUGAACAAGAAGAGGAGGAGUAUUGA